AUGGAAUACCAACCUGUUCGCCGAGCGGGCACAGCGCGCACGAGGCCAACACAGGUCAAGCAUUCAGAUUCGGCCUACUACAAACGAUUCACGCGCACCUCGUUCGUUCGCGAGUAUGCACCCGUCACUUCCAUCUCCUUCGUUCCCAUCUCUGCAUUCUCCUCCUCCUCCACAGCCGAUGACGCGCAGGCGGAAACUUCGAGUAGCGGUAGCAGCAAGGCACCACUGAAGUCCAGCGAGAGGAGCAAAUUUUUGGUCACUGCUGGUUCUAGAGUGCAGAUCUACGCAUCGAGCGGGAAGUUGCAACGGACUGUUGGCAGAUUCUCGGAUGUCGCUAGAGGGGCUACGUGGAGAGCGGACGGAAGACUGUUUGUAGCUGGGGAUGAUAGCGGGACGGUGCAGGUCUUCGAUGCGAAUUCGCGAUCCAUCCUCAGGACACUGAAAGGUCACAAGCAUCCUGUGCACGUGUCAAAGUUCUCUUCAGACUCGGGCACGAUUCUAACAGGAUCGGAUGAUCGGACGCUCAAGCUUUGGGAUGUGGCCACUCAAUCCUGCACGCGCACCUUGAGAGGCCAUUCGGACUACGUUCGUACCGCAGUGGUCAGUCCUGACAACCCCGCAUUGGUGCUGAGUGGAGGCUAUGAUGGAAGCAUUCGUCUUUGGGAUACGAGACUCGGCAGGAGAAGGCCCCCAACUACGGAUGGCGAUACGAUGGACUCGGACCUGCACGGCGAUGCGUCGGAAGGAAGCGACGCGUGUGUCAUGACGAUGAAGCAUGGCGCACCAGUGGAAUCCACUCUCAUCUACCCCACCGGAGGAGGAGGCAUUGCGCUCUCAGCAGGUGGACCCUCUCUUCGGGUCUGGGAUCUCAUGAUGGGUGGUAGAUGCCUCAGAGCUGUCUCCAAUCACAGCAAGACGAUCACUUCCUUGGCUUUGUCAACCGGCAGCGAUGCUGAUUUCCGAUCAUCAUUGCAGGAUACGGAUACUGCGCACGAACUUGGCGCUUCAAGCGGCAGUCCGCAGUCCCUAAGGCUGCUCUCUGCAGGACUGGAUGGACUCGUGAAGGUGUACGAUCCAGCAAGGGAUUAUGCCGUCACGCAUACGAUGCGGUAUCCUUCUCCCCUACUAAGUCUAGCUGUCUCCGCCGACGACACGGUCUUUGCGACAGGUGCGGCCGAUGGCACCCUAUGCGUCCGCAGUCGUAUCCUCAAGAAGGGUGAAGCAAUGGCCAGAACUGCGCACCACCAGCAGGCCGCGCAGGGAACCCACAAAGUGUUCAUGGAUGCGCUGUCCUCCGCCGGCGCUCAGACCGCUAGCGCAAUGGAUGUCGCUGCGACAGUGCGGACAAAGAAGCUGAAAGUCUACGAUGACAUGCUGAAACAGUUCAGAUACGCGGAUGCUCUGGAUGCUGCUUUGAAGGCCAAUGUUCCGCCAGAAGUCACGCUUGGAGUAUUGGCGGAGCUUAGACGCCGAUCUAGUGCCGACGGAACAGAGGAUGGACUCAGAAGAGGGCUGUGUGGAAGAGACGAGGAGGGGCUUAUCAAGGUGUUGAAGUUCUGCUUGAGACAUGCGGGCAACCCCGAGCACGUCAACAUCAUUUCGGACACUCUCGACCGAGUCAUUGACAUCUACGCUCCUAUCCUUGGUCAGUCGCCUCAGAUUGACGACCUCUUCGGUCGACUAUGGUCGAAAAUUUCCGACGAAGUGCGCGUUCAGAGAGAUGUUGCCAAAGUCAGAGGCGCCCUCGACAUGAUUGUCGCCCGGUCCACACUUGGCUCGGCCGUCACCGCUUGA